AUGGCGAACUUAAGACACCAGCAAGGCCAGAAUUACCGGCCUAAUCCAUAUGAACCUGCAUCAAAUGUCAAGCGCAAUGCGGCUGCUUUCUCCGAUAUAUUCAGUUCAACCUCCCAUGCCGGUCGAUCACAGACGAUGACUUCGCAAACCCCUCCUUUUCCGACCGACCGAGCACGAACCAUGACUUCUCAUAUCCCACCACCUCAAAUGCAAAGGCAGCCAGUGCCGGCUGUUCGCCAUAUGUCUGGCGGCUAUGAAUCGAAUGCUCUGAACGGCUAUGGAGCGAGUGCUGUCAAUGGCUACGGAAAUCAUGCAAUCCCCAACGGUAGCGUUGCCCCGUCACAGCAGGCACCCCGGAAUUUUCAUCAACAAUACUCACAGCCACAUCCACGGGGCUCUCCAUAUCCUCCACCAUCGCGAGUGACACAGACCCCAAUACCUCCAUACUCUAAUCCUAAUGUGCCAGUUCCUCAUGGUCGCCCAGUCCAACCGCCAGCGUUGAAUUCAGACACAUUUCGCUCGCGCUCGAUGGCUACCGUUCCAACGAGGGGCCCUCCGGGAUAUCCAACACAUCCCAAUAACUACCAGAAUCCUAACAAUGUCUUGCGCCACCAACAACCUUACAAUGCCGUCACGAGAACACCCCAAGGUCGCCUUGUGCCUGAAAAGAAAGAUCCGCAUACAAUGUCUUUGACUUCCUUUUCAUCCUCUCAUGAUCAUGCCCACACAGCUUCCGGCCGAACGGUACCUAUAAAACGACCUCCUUCUGGUCCUGAAAAUAUACCGUCACAACUGCUUCCUGCACAGACAUAUGCACCUACGUUUUCAGAACAGACAAAUCAUCUUGAAGACAAUUAUCGUCCACGUCGCCCUAGUGAAGCAUCCAUAAAUUCCACCGCCAUGUCUAUGGCCUCUACACUUCUUCCCGACCGAACCAUGAGCCUACAAAGUCAACCUAUUCAAAAGAUGAAUAGUCAAUCUACUGCUACCACAGCGGCAUCCCAGCCUCGCAAGGCAAAACCUUUGGUCUAUCCAGCCCUGCUCUCUCGCGUCGCCGGCGUUUUCCGAGAAGGAAUGCCACUUGCAGAAUAUCAAAAGAAUGGCCUGUCAUACCAAAAUGCAUUUCCGGGAUCGAAAGCGGUAGAUUUGAUCGCCCAUAUCAUUCGAACUCAAGAUCGGAAUCUCGCGUUACUACUGGGUCGAGCCCUAGAUGCACAAAAGUUUUUUCAUGAUGUAACGUAUGACCAUCGCCUGCGAGACUCUACCGUUGAGAUAUAUCAGUUCAAGGAGACCAUGACUGAAGAUUCACCUACCUCGGACGUCAAUGGAGUGUUUACUCUUCUCACCGAAUGCUACUCUCCAACCUGCACUCGUGAUAAUCUUUGCUAUUCUAUCGCUUGUCCUAGACGGCUCGAACAACAAGCUCGCUUGAAUCUCAAGCCCCAGCCUGGUCUGCGCCAUUCUUCGUCCAAGGGCAGCCUGCACGCAGAUGAUGAUAACGACGACCAGAAGCUGUGGAUUAACAUGGUUCCCAAAGAGGUCUCUGAUGCCCUUGAGGAUCGCGAGAAAAAGCGCCAGGAAAUCAUCUUUGAAAUCAUGUAUACUGAACGGGACUUCGUCAAGGACUUGGAAUAUUUGCGAGACUUUUGGAUGAGGCCACUUCGUUCCGCUGGCAAUACUAGCUUAUCUCCCAUUCCUGAGCAUCGACGCGAGAAGUUCAUUCGAACUGUCUUUGGGAACUGUUUGGAUGUGCUGAAGGUCAAUUCUGGCCUUUGUGAAGCACUCAAUGCGAGACAGAAGGAAAACCACGUUGUGCGCACUGUUGGUGAUUUAUUUUUGCAGCACGUCCCGCGUUUUGAUCCUUUCAUUAAGUACGGCGCCAAUCAGCUUUACGGGAAGUAUGAAUUUGAGAAAGAGAAAGCUUCCAACCCAGCGUUCGCCCGCUUCGUAGAAGAAACAGAGCGGUUGAAGGAGUCCCGAAAGUUAGAACUGAACGGCUAUCUGACGAAACCAACAACUCGUCUUGCCAGAUAUCCAUUACUUCUCGAGCAGGUGGCUAAAUACACAGCCGAUGACAAUCCAGACAAGCAAGACAUUCCAAGAGCUGUCGGCCUAAUCAAGGAUUUUCUUUCUAGGGUCAAUACCGAAAGUGGAAAAGCUGAAAACCACUUUAAUUUGGUUCAGCUUAAUGCUGCGCUAAAAUUCAAUCCUGCUGAUUAUGUCGAUCUGAAACUUACCGAGGAGAACCGACAAAUGCUUUCGAAAAUGGCGUUUAAAAAAGGGCCAACUGACAGUUCUGAGGUUACUGCCUAUCUUUUCGAUCAUGCUGUGCUGCUCGUGCGCAUCAAGGUGGUGAAUAAGAGAGAAGAAUAUCGAGUAUAUAAGAAGCCGAUACCACUUGAAUUAUUGGUCAUUACCCAAAUGGAUGAGAUCAUUCCCAGGCUUGGAUUAGCAAAGCGUUCAUCAUCGAGCCUUAUCCCUGGGAAGGUAUCCGUCAAUAACGCUCCUGCGCCGAAAGAAGGCCUUCCCAUCACUUUCAGACAUCUCGGGAAAGGUGGUUAUGACCUGACACUUUUCGCUACUUCUCCAACACAAAGGAAAAAAUUCAUCGAGAUGGUUGAGGAACAGCAGAGGAAGCUUCGGGAGCGCAACAGCAAUUUCUAUUCCAAGACUAUUAUAUGCGAAAAUUUCUUCACGGCGAACAGCCGGGUUACCUGUUUAGUGCCCACUGACGGUGGAAGGAAGUUGGUCAUUGGUACUGAAAAUGGCAUUUUCUUAGCCGAGCGGUGGCCCAAAGAUAAAAACGCAAAACCACGACGAAUUUUGGAUGCCACUGCGGUCACCCAGAUCGAUACGCUAGAAGAAUAUCAAUUGGUGCUGGUGCUAGCCAAUAAAACCCUUAGCUCAUAUCCGAUGGAGGCCUUGGAAGUAAACGAAGGCCAAAAUCCUCUUGCUCGCCGGCCAAAAAAGAUUCAAGGUCAUGCAAAUUUCUUCAAAGUCGGUAUUGGACUAGGGCGACAUCUUGUGUGCUCUGUCAAGACAUCGGCGCUCUCAACUACAAUCAAAGUGUUUGAGCCCAUGGAAAGUUUGACGAGAGGAGGCAGGAAACCAGCUUUGGGCAAGAUGUUCAGGGGAGGUCAAGAUGCCCUGAAGCCUUUCAAGAGUUCUGUUCAGGAAUACUACAUACCUGCCGAGUCCUCUUCCGUACAUUUUCUCCGAUCAACCCUGUGUGUUGGAUGUGCUAGAGGUUUUGAAGUCGUCAGUCUUGAAACAACAGAGAGUCAGUCACUCCUCGACCAAGCAGACACUUCUCUGGACUUCGUGGCCCGAAAGGAAAACGUUAAGCCAAUUUAUAUUGAGAGAUUGAACGGGGAAUUUCUUUUGAAUUACAGUGAUUUUUCUUUCUUCGUUAAUCGAAACGGAUGGCGAGCACGACCGGACUGGAGGAUUUCUUGGGAAGGUACACCAAACGCCUUUGCACUAUCUUAUCCAUACAUACUAGCUUUCGAGCCGAAUUUUAUCGAAAUACGACACAUUGAGACGAGUGAACUUAUUCACAUCAUGACCGGAAAGAACAUUCGAAUGUUGCAUUCUUCGACAAGAGAGAUCCUAUAUGCCUAUGAAGACGAAGAUGGGGAAGAUGUGGUGGCCAGUUUGGACUUCUGGAAACGAUGA